GGAAUGAAAAACUUGAUGUUUGUCUACUGGUCCUGUAAAGUUCUCUGGACAGUACUUGUAACAAUGCUGGGUUAUUCCAGCAGCCUGCCUGUGGGGGAGGAUGCUCUUUGCACAGCAGAGGAACUUGCUAAAUACAGGAUAAUCUUCAUAGGAAAAUGGAGUCAAACUGCUUUCCCUAAGCAGUAUCCACUCUAUAGGCCCCCAGCACAGUGGUCAUCCUUGCUAGGUGUUACUCAUAGUUCUGACUACAGCAUGUGGAAAAAAAAUGAAUAUGCCAGCAAUGGUGUACGUGAUUUUGCUGAAAAGGGUGAAGCAUGGGCAUUAAUGAAAGAAAUAGAAGAAGCUGGAGAGAAAAUUCAGAGUGUACAUGGAAUCUUCUCUGCUCCUGCAAUUUCCAGUGGUACAGGACAAACCUCUACUGAAUUAGAAGUGCAUCCAAGACAUCCCUUAGUUUCGUUUGUUGUACGAAUUGUUCCAAGCCCUGACUGGUUUGUGGGAAUUGACAGCCUAAAUCUCUGUGAGGGAGACCACUGGAUGGAUGAAGUAUCAGUGGAUCUAUUUCCAUAUGAUGCUGGAACUGAUAGUGGAUUCACAUUUUCCUCCCCAAACUUUGCCACUAUUCCACAGGACACAGUUACAGAGAUCACUUGUUCCUCUCCAAGUCACCCAGCAAACUCAUUUUAUUAUCCCAAACUCAAAAUUUUGCCACCAAUUGCUCAAGUAACAAUGGUGAAAUUAAAGAAAAGCCAGCUAGGCCUUUCUGCACCUUUUAUUAAUCUUCCAGCUAAAAGCAAUGAAAUAAUAGACACCGUCUCAGAAACACCCCUGGAUUGCGAGGUUUCACAAUGGUCUUCCUGGGGGCUCUGCAGAGGGGUUUGCAGGGAAACGGGGACCAAGAUCAGAACUCGUUUUGUACUUCUUCAGCCUGCCAAUAAUGGAAUGCCUUGUCCAGACCUGGAUGAAGAAACAGGAUGUGAACCAGAAAAUUGUGUCUGA